AUGGAUAAAUUGUCAGGUCGUUUCAGCUUUGCAGAAAACCCAUUACCUAUUCCCGAUCCUUUGUCAACCGACGGAGAGGAUGCUGCUGUUGAGGUGGAGGGAUUGGGUGUCAAUGCACUGAGAUGUGUCUCCGAUGGCGACCUGCGCAUCUUUUCGGCUGUCUUGUUGAAAAAACGUGAUAUCUUAUUCUCCAUAGUUCCUAUACGUGAAGCUGUCGUUGAUGAGGAUACUGAGCGCUGCAAGGAGGAGUGGGAAGCAGUGUCUUGUGGUAGAUCCUGGCUGUUACGGACAUUGUUAAAUUCCACAUUGGACACUGUAUUUUGCUGUAAAAAGGAGGACGUCGAGUCGUUACCUAAUGCAUAA